UCGAGAAAUACAAUACAUGAAUAAACUCGAUGUACAUAGUGCAGCGUGCAGCGCAGCGAAGCAAAACUCUUGCGCCGGCGGUUGAUACGGAGUUUAUUUUAAAAUCGAAUCCGUGUGUCUGUCUGUACACAAAAGUACCUAAAACGUGUUUUAAAUAACAAAGCGAAAGGAUAAAUUAAUGUAAUCGAAUCUUUUCAAGUAAGAUUCUUGUGCCAAAAAAAUGGGUUGUUACUCCUGUAUGAAAUACUUAUUCAUUUUCCUGAACAUCAUUUAUUUGAUUUUGGGUAUAUCUGCAAUCAUCGUCAUAAUAUGGACCUUACUGGACCCAUCAAUUCCACUACACUUCACCCAAGAACCCGAUGAUUUUACCAUUGCUGCCUCGAUUUAUUUCAUCGUUGCGAUAAUGCUUAUUUUGCUUUCUAUCUUGGGGAUUUACAGUGUGUGUAAAGAAAGCAAAUGCGCCCUAGUUCUAUCUUUCUCUCUGUUGCUGAUCAUCAUUGUUGUGCAAGUUGCUUCUGGAGUAUGGAUUUGGGUGAACAAAGAUACUCUGGAUGAAUUUACUCAUGCAUCUGUAAAACGCUCUGUACAAGUAAAUUAUGAUACCAAUCCGAAUAUAAAGCAGAUUUUGGAUACCAUACAAUCAAAGAUGCAUUGCUGUGGUGCUGACAACCCAAUGGAUUGGUCCCGUAACAAAGACAUCAAUCUGGGAAUAAUCUCGAAACCAACUGAAUACAAUAUACCACAAAGUUGCUGCCGUGAAAAUAUAGCUGUCUCUCAAUGCGAAGCUCACACUAAAAGCAUCAAAAUAAGCGAAAUUCCCAACUACGAUUACAUUUACGAUAAAGGAUGUUACAUUCUUAUCAGAGAAAAGGUUAUAAACAGUCUUACCAUUAUUUUUGCUGUUUUUGGAUCAGUAGUUGGUAUAAAACUUUUGGGACUUUUCAUUGGGCUUAUUUUGGCCUUUUCCAUGAAUAGCUCAAACCGCUAUAAGUCUUAAAUUUAUUUUUAACCCGUUGCAAUAUUUUGGCUUCUCCAGUUUUUCUUAAACUUUUUUGUAGCAGAUAAUAUCGCAACAGUAUUUUUUUUGCUCUACUGCCUAAAUUGUACAAAUAAAGUAAUCCUGUACCUCUGCUCUCUAAUUAGAAUCUCUAUGAAUUUGUUCAUUAAAUAUUUAUAAAAUGUUACACUCAUUUGAAAAUACUAUGUGCUGUUUGGUAGCUUAAUAAUUUUGAUAAAUCAUUUGCAUUUAAAAAAUCAAAUUGGAUUAAACUCAGGUUGGCUGAUAUAAAUAUAAGUACUGCUUAAGCAAGCAGACCCUUGAAAUUCAGCUUCAUUCAACUCCAACUUAGAAAAAUAUUUCAAUCUGGGUCCUAAUCCAACACAAGAUUUUUAAACCCUAUAUUUGGUGUCUGAAACCAAAUAUUGUACUAAUAAUUAGUAUCUUCUUCUGUUAUAAGUCUAUGUGCCAUAUUAUUUAUUCUCUCUGAUCUACUUAUGUAAAAUAAUUUUGACUGACUGCCUUAUUUAGCCAAAUAGAUGCUCAGUGAUGAAUAUUUGAUACAAUUGAAACUGUUUGUGUCUACAUUUUCUAUUUACAAUGGAUUUUUUAUCACUAAAAUUUAAAUAUUUGCCAAUAGUUGUUACUUUAAAACUUACUGCCUUUUCAUACAGACAAACCAGUCAAAAACGUCCGCACAAUUUAUUUUAGAAAAAUGAUAUUGAAAGCUCAAAAGUGAGUUCAAAAAUAUGCAUCACUUCUAGCAUCGCUUCUGACUGACCUUACAAGACUAAUUUUACUAAAGCUGAAUAUCCUUAAGCAGGGCUUUUCUUACAAUUUAUGUAAAAAUGAAUAAUGUAAUUUGUUACGCCAGUAUUUUUGAAUUUUAAAGAAAAACAAUUGUUUGCCAUUUCUUGUGUAAUAUUUUUGUUCAUAAACACAUAUUUUCUUUGCCCUAUCUAUAUUAAGUUUCAUAAUAUUGUGCGCACCAGAAUAGUAUUAUCUUACACUAUUCGUUAUUUUUGGUAGUUUAGUUUAGAAUUAUGGAAAUAUUUAUCUACACAGUAGUAGAUGUCGUUGAUUAUCACAGAGAUUUAACAAUUUAAGAAUUUAUAUAUCUAUAGUAUAUGUAUUAUAAGAACAAAAAAUUAGAAUGUAGUAAGGGACACACAUAAUCGCACCAUGUGUCACAUCAUCCUACAAGAGCUCUGUUUUUUUUUUUUUUUUCGUGAAAUAGGAUUUAUUGUAGUUUGGCCAUACAAAGUUUGAGACAGUUCAAUGAUUUUAAAAGCUUCAAAAUGGGUUCCACAGAACAGUCUUGAUAGGCAACUUACACUGAGUAAAAUAAUGAUUUUUCUGUAAUUUCAGGUGUAAACUAUGCAACUAUGCAACAGAAGGACUAAAAUCCUUCUGUUGUUUGGUAAACUUGUGAAAUCAAUGAGUUUCAGGACAAUUUACAUAAUCAAUUAUUAAUAUGUAUAUUGAAUUAUUAUAAUUUGGCAAUAUUGUUUUCAAAAUUACAUUCUAAUCUCGUUUGCGAAAGUUGCCCUGUGGGAUUAAAUGAUACACUCUAGUUCCUCAGUAUAUUGAUAAAAUUAUUAUAAUGGUAGACAUCUGAGAUACUUCAUCCAGCGCUGAGUCACUCCAUCUCAACCAGCUUCAAAGCCUCACAGUUAUAUUGAGUAAGGCACAAACAUGUUCAAACUGUGCCAAUCCAAUACAAUACUACAUUAGAUGUAAGUCUCCUAUUUGAAAAAUGAUGUAGGAAUGAUGCCAGGGAUAUUUUGUUUAUUUUCAUUUUGAUCCCACCAAUGAGAAACACAAAUUCUCAAACUACAAGGUAUCUAGUGAAAGAACUCUGUACAGGUUAACAAUGAAUGGUUGAGUGCAGCAAUAUGUGUCCGAAGCUGUAAUCAGUAAAACAGCCUUUUCAUAGCUUCAUACUUUUUAGGAAAAAUAGCCUAUAAAUUAGACUUGCCUGUAUAGGAGCCUAACUACAUUAUUUUCUUUGCUUAAAACAUGCUAAUCAAAUGUACUUAAUGCUAAGAUAUAGAACCUGUAAUGUGGUAACCAUUUUUUGAAUAAUUUUCAUCCAUACAUCAAAAAAUGGAAUUAGAUAUAGAUCCAAAAAAAAUAAUUGAAUGUAAAAGUACUAAAAGUAGAUACCUAAUAUAGAUGAAUCUGAAAUUUACUUUAUUUUCGAAUGGAAAAUCUUCAAUCAUCUAUAUUUUAAUACAUACUUCAAAACAUAUAUUUUGUGAAAUUUUACGCUAAUUACAAAAAGAAAUGUUACCAAAUAUUUAUCCUAUUGGUUAUAAUAAGUUGUGAUAAGAUACCAUUGGCCAGCCCCAAUCUAAAACUGGAAAUGUAGAGAAAGUUUAUAUACCUAGGUACUAUUUUUUGAUAUGGAAGUUGUUGUAGAAAAGAACGUCGGAUUUCCCAUGGAUCUGAAUUUGGAAUCUUUUUUUCUAUACUGAAUUAUAUUAUUGUCAUGAUGUUUUUGUAGUUGGAUUGUUUGUAUGUAUUUGGAUAUGAAUUUUUCUGAAAUUUGUUCCAAUACUAUCAAUAAACUCAUUAAUUUAU